AGCGCCCGUCCCGACAUCCCACGCCCGGGGUGAAGCACAGCCUCCGGCGAAACUCCUUCAGGACCGGGAGGAUGGCGGAGAGUGGCGGCACCGGCCGCGGCUCAGCAGCAGCCUCCGUGGGCGGCUCCCGCACUGCAGUGGCCCGACGAUCGAACGCAAGGACAGGUGCUGCUGCCUCUGGGGCCAACAGUGGUAAAAAGGCAGGUGGAGGUGGCAUUUUGAAGUUCUACCAGGACGACUCUCCGGGCUUGAAAGUGGGACCCACCACGGUACUGGUUCUCUCUUUGGUCUUUAUGGCGGUGGUUUGCUCUCUCCACAUCCUGGGCAAGUUUCGCAGUGGCUGAGAGUCACGAGGCCAGCAGCUAACGCAAGGCGUGGGGCAUGGCAGAGCUUGGAGAUGGGCGCGGUUUUUGAGUGGCUGAAUCUCAUCCGGCUCCUAGCCAUGCGGUUCCUUAGC